AUUGGCUAGCAGAAGGGUUUGUGUUUCUCUCAAGAUAUGCUUGAGUCAUAAAACUUCCACGAGACCGAGGACAGAGGGAUUUAUUUUUUUGAGUGGAACACAAACAGGCCUGUCCUUAAAGCUGUUCGCCUGUCAAUGCCAGGGAAGCAGCCACAUUGAAUGAGGUUUCAGUCUCACAUGGGCAAGAUGGACAGAUCAUAACAGGACAUUACUUGAAAGGUGCAGAUUUGAUUUCGUAAUGACAAGCUGCUGUGCAGAAGAUGUCCACACUGGCUGGGACUGAUAUCACAUGUUUGUCAUGGUGAAGUGUUCGACGGGGCCCCAGAGCUGCAACUGGACUGCCUCUGCAGUGGUGACAACCACAGCAGUGCAGCAAUGAAGCAUGAGGGCAACCUCCUCCCCCUGGAACCACCCCACCAUGCAGGGUUUUCCAGCCCCCCCCAGAAAGGGCCUUCCUCACUAGCUGAGAAGAGCAGCCCACUGCUCAUGGACCCCAGCAACAUCAAGGCCGACCCCGCCGGCGACAUGCCUGCCAACACAGAGGGUCAGCCGGUGAAGAGGAAGAAGGGUCCAGCCCCCAAGAUGCUGGGGAACGAGGUGUGCAGCGUGUGCGGGGACAAGGCCUCGGGCUUCCACUACAACGUGCUGAGCUGCGAGGGCUGCAAGGGCUUCUUCCGCCGCAGCGUCAUCAAGAGUGCCCAGUACUCGUGCAAGAACAACGGCCGCUGUGAGAUGGACAUGUACAUGCGCCGCAAGUGCCAGCAGUGCCGGCUGCGCAAGUGCCGCGAGGCGGGCAUGCUGGAGCAAUGCGUUCUCUCAGAGGAGCAGAUCCGAGGGAAGAAAAUGAAGAAGAACGAGGAAGAGACUGCACGCACGUCUGCCGUGGUGACCCCCACCCCGGUGCCGGAGGUGGUCCCGCUGGAGCCCGAGCAGCUGGAGAUGAUCGAGAAGCUGGUGGCCAUGCAGAAGCAGUGCAACAAGCGCUCGUUCAUCGACCGGCCCAAAGUCACGGUGAUUCCGUGGCCCCAGAGUCAGGACCCCCAGAACAGGGAGGUACGGCAGCAGCGCUUUGCCCACUUCACCGAGCUGGCCAUCAUGUCGGUCCAGGAGAUAGUGGACUUUGCCAAGCAGUUGCCUGGCUUCCUAGAGCUCACCAGAGAGGACCAGAUUGCGCUGCUGAAGACCUCAACCAUUGAGAUUAUGCUGCUGGAAACAUCGCGGAGAUAUAACCCUGCCAUUGAGAGCAUCACGUUCCUGAAGGACUUCAGUUAUAACAAGGAGGAUUUUGCCAAAGCAGGGCUGCAGUUGGAGUUUAUCAACCCCAUCUUUGAGUUCUCCAAGGGCAUGAAUGACCUGCAUCUGGACGAGGCGGAGUACGCUCUGCUCAUCGCCAUCAACAUCUUCUCUGCAGGUCAGAGGUCAAGUGACCGGCCCAAUGUGCAGGACCAUGAACUGGUGGAGCGACUGCAGCAGCCGUAUGUGAACGCACUUCGUUCUUACAUCAUGAUAAAGAGACCAAACGAUCAUCUGAUGUUUCCACGCAUGCUCAUGAAGCUGGUCAGCCUCCGCACCCUCAGCAGCGUCCACUCUGAGCAGGUCUUUGCCCUGCGCCUCCAGGACAAGAAGCUCCCGCCGCUGCUGUCUGAAAUCUGGGACGUCCACGAGUGACUCCAGCCGACACCCUCGCGGAACUCUGCCGCGCUCCGCAAACCUGCGUACUGGGACGGACAGAAACAUUGGGUUUGUCUUUCGAGUGUCUCGAAAAAAAGACUUGAGAAUGAUGCCUCCCAGGAUACCCAAACACGACGGAUCAAACCUACAGAUCGGUUGCCAGAUUGAAUCAGUUGCCAGAUUGGAGGAACUUUUUUCUUUAUCUUCUAUGCAGUUUGGGGGGGUAGUGAUGGCACUCUGUCCUGCAGACUGGGACACUAAUCUCAUGGGGAGGUUGGGGCAAAGAAAUAGAAUUACCAAUUUAUAUUCAUUCUAUUUCUAUGGGUUGAGGAUUGUGCACACCUGAUUUCUCUCCCUCGCCCAUUUCGUAAUUGAAGGUGAGACGGGCUUGUGGUGAGAUUGUGCUGCCAUGGUCAGUGUGGCUCAGACUUGCUAGCCAGUGUUCACUUACAUCUACUGAUAUCUGUUGAUGGUCUCGUGAUCGGCCUAUCUAUAACGACAAUUGCCAUGAAGCUUUGAGAAGGUUUUGGCAAUGCCCCCUCCCCCCUCUCCAGAUCCACAUAAUGGAUGAUAACCCCAAAGUGAAAAUAAACAGAAAAAUACAUGUUACAUGUGUUGCAAUGGGAUAGGAUACAGGGGUAUCCUAACUGCUGCCCAAUGUUAAGCAAUGUGUCUUAUUGGUGUCCACUGUCCAGAUGACUGGUAGGUCACCUGCUUGAUUAUUGUUGUGAUUUAGCAGUUUAAUAGUCAGCCAUCUGAUUUGUUCUCCUCUCGGUGAAGGAACAAGAAAGCAAUUCUGAUUGGUGUUGAAUUGUUUAAGGUAAAGUGAUUGGAAGUGUUGGUAUAGAGAUGCGUAGCCUACCACUUUCAAGUGCAGGACCCCCGCCAACCAUUUUGUAAAUGCACUCAAACAUUGAUUUACAUGUACAAAGUAUAUAUUAAUAUGACAAAAUAUAUAUAUUUAGUAUGCCCACUAGUGAAGACAUCCAUACAAAAUUACUUGUACAAUCACUCACUUACGCACAAGCAAGCAGCCAAUUGUUUUUAUUUUUAUGUAAAAGCAUCACUGGAUAUGUGAGGGCCAAGCUGAAGCCUUAUACACUGGAACAACUUCAAUGCUACGUUAGGCCAGGGAUAGGCUUCUUUGAUGCAGCUGGGGGCACAAAAAAACGGAACUCCACAUGCAGUGAGUAUGCGUACGCACAAUCUCCCCCGCCUACCUUGCGAGCAAAACAUUUUAGCUACCCCCCCCACCCCCCCGUGACAGAAGAGAACAAAUGUUGAGUUUUACAGCUCAUUUCCUGGAAUUCUACACAAUUUUGCCAUAGGCUGGAGGAAAAUGUUUGCGGUUUUUAAUAACUGAUGGUCAAUGGGCCCCACACUGGUCGGUAAUUUGACCAUGCUUACUACAAGUUUAUAUAGCUGGCCGCUAGACUAACUUAACAAUUUAGCUGACAUGAGCUAAUUGACUGCGGAUGCACAACCAAAUUUCAAAAUUUCACAUAGAAUAUACAAACUCUCAACAGUAAGUUGAGGCCCUGACUGAAAUUAGUCCGAGGGGUCCACCAGUUGCACAUCCCUGGUCUAGUUGUAUGUACUCUCCUCCCUUCCCCCAAAUCAGCAUGGUUCCAGACAUCUGAGUGGCAAUUUCAUCCAGAUGUCGAAAAUGUGCUUUGCCCAUCCCACAAUAGUUGGAAUAGCAAAAUAAGUUCAAUUGCGCUCCUUGUGUGGGCACUGCAGUACUUUCUGCAACGGUAACAAUUUUGGGUUACACUAUACACCCCCCCCCCCCAUGAUGCUGUUUCUAUCACAGUCCUUUGUAUGAUGAUGACUUUGCUAAUGUGACAUUUAUGAAAACAAACGUUCAGAAAGAAUUGGAGAAGGAAAGCUUUUCUUUUUGUUGAUGUGAUUUCUGAUUGACAGACUUUUUUUUUUUUUGUCCAUUACUGACCCCACUUUACAACUCAGAUCAGUGUGAAAUAGAGGAGAGUUGAGGACUCCAAGACAAAAUGGGGGAGAUUUAUCAUAACAGUUGCACAAUAUGUCAAAGUAGCACAGCGAUAAGGGAGUAAGCUAUAUGGAGCUUUCAGUUAGGAGAAGAAAAUCAAUGCAAUUAUUUAACAAAUAUGUGUAAUAUUAGGGUUGGUGGUUUUCUAUUUGUAGUUUGUCAACCAUCAGGUUUUUAUGGCUAUUUGUUUUAUUUAGUUGGGUUGAUAUUGAGAUGGAUUGUCUUUGAUGGAGCUGACUCAUAGCCUGAAGAUGGUUCUUCUACACACUAUUCAAAGGGUUUGCUCUUCCCUGAGCAUGCGUGUGUGGAGACAUCUAUUUUGAAUUGCUCUUGAGACUUAAAUUGCAAAACCAUAUUAUCCCAGUUUUCAUAUUUUUCCUUUCAAUAUGUAACUCAUACCAGCAAAUGAUUGUCUACAUUGAAAUUACAUCAUAAAUCACAUACAAGGUAUGAAAGUCUAAAUUAUGUUUUCAGAUGUUUAGAAUACACAAUGUUAAUUAUUGUUAAUACUGUAGGUAACUCAAAGUUGACUGUAAUAGCAUUUACAACCUUCUGAUGUGCAGAACUCAUUUAAUCCCUUCUCUACAUCUUAAAGGGUGACGCUGUAAACCAUAUUGACAUAGAAAUGCAAACCUAUUUGAAUAUUUUUUUUUAACACUUGAAGACCAUGCAUAUUCUGCUUUAUAUGUAUAAAUUAAAACCUGACAGAUAUUGUAGCCUAUUGCCAGAUUAUAUAUUUGUGUACGAACUGAAACCAAAAACCACUAAUUUUCCAGAAUGUUUUUUUUUGUUUGUUUGUUUUUUUUGAUUUAUUACAAUUUCAAAGUGAUUUGAGUUAUGCUUAUUCAAAAUAAAUGCUUUAUUGUAAUUAGUUCUCUUAAAUAUCACGGCCAGUAAAAUAUGUUUUGUAUUUAUUUACCCACAUUGGUUUGGGUGUUCUGUUGUCAAAUAGAGCAGUCAACAGGUUAUGGCUAUUUAUUCAUUUUUAUCAAAAGUGCUUGUAAAAUACAGAAUGAAUUUGGGCAACUUGGAAUCUCUACCUUGGUAUUUUACUGCAUUGACAAGUAUUUACUUUUAUUACACAGCGGGCUUCAUGCAAUUAUAGUUUCUAGUCUUUUCAGGGUCUAUUUUCUGGUCAUUUAAAUGAUAUGCUUAGUGACAAUUCCCAAAUAUACUGAACAAAAAUAUUAAUGCAACAUGUAAAGAGCUGAAAUAAACGAUCCCAGCAAUGUU